UCUUUAGAGAGAGAGAGUGGAAGAGAAAGAUCGAGCGAAAAAUUGUCCCUUUUGUCAUUCUCCCACGGAUCGGACCGCCGAGUCAACACCGAUCCACCCCCGCCGUGCAAUGGAGGGUGUUGGGUCCCGACACAGCCGGUCCUCCACCCGAUACGGACCGGCCACCGUGUUCACCGGUCCGGUCAGAAAGUGGAAGAAGAAAUGGGUCCACGUAUCACCAUCAUCCAAUAAUGCCUCGUCCCACCAUCAUCACUCUCAAACUACCAACGGUACAACUACUUCUAACGGUAAUAACGGUUCUCAUCUCUUGCUCUACAAGUGGACCCCCAUUACCCAAAGCCAAAACACCAAUAACACCAAUGCCAAUGGUGACAAGAACAACACCAAAAACGACGUCGUUGACGACCAUAGUCCCUCCAGUACCACCGAAGAGCCGCCUCGGCGCAAAUUCAAAUAUAUCCCAAUUGCUGUGCUGGAAGAACAGAAAAAUGAAGAUGCAGAGAAUGCUGACGAUGAAACUAAACCAAGUGAUACUGAACCAAAUGCAGUGGAGCCAACUUCGAAGAGCGAUGGUUCUGAUGAAAAACCUGACAUAAAUGAUGUGCCCUUGGAAGAACACCAGGUUCCAAAUGAUAAUCCAUUAGUGAGACAAGAUCUGAAUGAAAGCACUUUGGAUUUAAGUUUGGGCUUAGCCCAUGAUGGUGACCAUGAUGCUGACUUGAAAACAGAUCAGACCAAAGACGGCUAGUUGGAAAGAGUUAAUGCAGGUGGUGUUUGGGCAUCAAUGCUUUUUUUUUUUUCAAUAAUUUUUUUGACUUAUUAGGAAAUUAGAAAAAUUGGCGAUUAAAAAAUGUAGUUCUUCCUCCGGGUUCCUGUGAUGCCAAGAUGAGUAAGCAAAAUUUAAGAAGCUUAUGCUUGUAACUGGUCUUUAUUUGAUGCUCGCUCUCCGAGCUGACUGCAAUUUGUACUGAUUCUAUGUACUGAGAGAUACAACGAAUAUUUUUUAACAAUUGAAUGAAGUGAAUUUGUUUCCAGUUUUUAUUGGGACAC